AUGGAGAUCCUGCUCUACCUCUGGCUCUACCUCUGGCUCUUCUCCCUGAAAUGUAAGCUCUUGACUUGUGGCAGUAACCAUCUUCCGACCAUUUCCUCCUCCAGAUUGCCCUCCUGUGUUUACACAGGGGUCGGUUUCAAUGACAAGUCGGACCUGGACUCUGGGCUCCUCAACAGGAAGUGGAUGGCGUCCAUCCCUGAUGCGACUCCAGUCUCCGCCAUCGCGGUUCCUGGAACCCACGAGAGCCUGACGCUGAGCGGAGGGCCGUUCGCGGUGACUCAGGUUUGGACUCUGGAAAAGCAGCUGAACGUCGGGAUCCGCUAUCUGGACAUCCACGCUGGGAUCUGGUUUCCCACCGACAAGGAGGUCGGCAUCCGAGACGCCAACUGGCUCUUCUCCCAGGGCGUCACCUUUACCGCGGUGAUGGAGAAGGUUCUGGCGUUCCUGGACAAGAACAGGGGCGAGGCGGUGCUGAUGAAGGUGACGCUACACGGCCUGUACCAAGACAGAGCGGCGCGGAUGGUGGAACAGCAGCUGCAGAGGUUUGAGGGCAGAAUCUGGAGGAAGGUGUCGGUACCAGAACUGGGACAGGUCCGAGGGAAGAUCGUCUUUCUGCAGAACAGGAAGUUCCCCGUGGGAACGGAGAACCACCGUUCCUAUCUCUUUGAGUCCAACCAGCUGAAAGACAUAGAGGAGAAACUGAGACAUGUCCGGUGGCAUCUCUGCGGCCAUUACAUCCUGCUGACCCAAACCGCCGCCGCCGCGCUGCAGAGGCCCAAGGUGCUGGCCCGAUCCGUCAACCGCCAGCUCAGCGACCUGGUCCGCCGCCGCAGGCACGGCGCCGGCGCCGGCUGCCUGGGCGUCAUCACUGGGAACCUGCGGCUGCAGGCCGACUGCGGGCCGGCCGAGAGCUCCGGAGGGACCGGGACUGGCAGAACCGGGGCAACCGGGAGAAGAACCAGAAAAAACUGA